AUGAAGUCUUUCGUGACAGACACCUACAACUGCCUUGAGAAUAUGAUCCAAGAAGAGAUUGAUGGCGAGAUACAUUCCCCCCACAGCACCAAUAGCACCACUAGCACCAAAGACUGGUAUGCCUGUCAGUUGUGCGAAAAUCACAGAAGAAGAACGUACUCCACGAAGGGAGCAUUCCGCCGACACGUCUCUACUGAACAUGCCCCUCGGUUUAGACAUUCUUGCCCUCGCUGUGACUGGGCUACCCCCAGGAGGGACAAGGUCUGGGAGCAUUUGCGACAUAGGCACUCACCACUAGACGGGCUCAAACGGAACGAUAUCAAGCGUACCAAACUCAGAUCGCCGAGAGCUUGUCCGCUGUGCGAUAAGUCUGUGCAGUCCUGGGAGGCUUACUUCAACUGUGUCGCGGAACACUGCCGCAUACAGAGCGGUAGCUCCCCAGGGACUAGUGGGGUUCAAAGCAGAAGAAACAGUGGGGACAGUGGGAGUGGUGGGGAUGGUUUCAAUGGCCAUUUCGCUCCCGGAAACCUGUUUGAUGGACAGGGACCUCAGACUCAGUUUCCAAAUGGAGGCGGGGGAACCGCUAAUAACGGAGGCAACUACUUCUCUGGACAUGUAUCCUAUUUCUAUGGAAAUGGCUGCUCUAGGGAGAACAACUCUGCCCAGCUGGUUGGGCAGAGGCCAUCACACCCCCUUGGCUCGGUUCCAGAUAGAGACGAUGCUUCCGUAGACCCUGCAUUGCUUUCACGUACUCUAGGAAAAAAAGCCAGCGAGAUAAGCCAUCCAGGACCAAGCAGUCUUUCGGGUCAUCACCAGCUUCUUGAUUCCGCGAUGGAAAGCAGCCCACAUGCUAUGCCACCUAUGGAUAAUUCAAAGCACCACGGUGGGAGGAAGCCACACAAUCUGAGGAGUCCUUCUGAGACAACAUCUUUCAACAACAAGAGCCCACGCCAGAUGACAUCGUUCAAAGGUCUGUCCCCAAAGAAGUCGCAAGAACGCCCUUCAUCUGAGCCUCAGAAUUUGCUUCCAAAGAAAUGCAAGUCAUGUGGGCAUAUAAUGAAGAACUGUGUUGAAUGCAAGCUUCAGGAGGGUAACGUGGAUAGAUGUCAUCUAUGCACUGGCAAAGCCAGCCAACAGCACGGAGUGUCCAAGGUCCUGGAAGAUUAUGACCAAUACUACGAUUUUGCGUGCAAUGGCAUGUCAGAUCGGAACCGCUCAGCGUCAAAGAUUGCUUGGGCCUUAGAACAAGUGUCCCAGGCUUUCAAGACAGAAGGUGAUCUGUGUUCAACUGGAAUCAGUCGCACAUCCACAUAUUCUUCGUUCGAAGAAUCGUUUCAGUGGGUCUCGGUUAUGAAAGCUCCCGACACGGCGUGUGCGUUUCAGGCUUCCGAGCAGUCUACCUUCACGAUCAUGGGCCCCGGCAAUUCGACAAAGACUCUCUCAGGUGCCUGGGAGGCUCAUGCUACCCGAUGUCGUUAUACAAGGAUGACCCUAGCCCUGUGUUCACCGCAGGUCUACAACAAGAUUGGGCAUUCAGGUUCGUUGAUAGGAAUUCAUAUAGGACUUUCUGAAGUCCUAUAUGACACACAGUAUAUAAUCGGAGAUACAAGUAUUGCGUGUCAGCCUGGUCCAGAGAAGAAAACAGCGUCAGGAUUGACUGCUGAGCAUGCCAUUUCAUGCCUCCCGAAGACUCCUGAGAGCCUGUGUACGAUUCAAUCGAAAACCAUGUCUUUCAGAGGAUUUACCAUUUACCGUGCGUCCUGUGUCGUCAAAGACAGACAGUCCCCCCAACACCCGAUCCAUCUGAUAGAUGCACCUAGCCCAGCCAAAGUCCAGCUGACGCGCAGGAGGCGCGCUAGAUUGCGAAGAAAACUCCAAGUCAUCAUCGGGCUGCUUGUGUUACAAGCAUCUGUCACCGAUACGUACCCAGUUUCGAAGCAGUUGGAAGAUAAAGACGCAAAGAUUCUUAUCACAGAGUCCGAAGACACUGACCUCAUCGAGACCGGUAGCGACCUUGACUUGUCCGAACCCAAAAUCUUGCCCCAGUGGCUUCGAGAGACUAUUUCCACAUUUUCUGCAGGGCUGAUAGACCAUGUUGAGUCUACGAUGCUUGCAACAUCGAUAUACAAAGCUGAAGAAGAGAUUUGGCCGAAGGUCAAAACCUUUGUAGGGUCUAUGGCGAGCUACCUGGAAACUCCCGUUAGCCCAGUAAUCGAACAGCACAUUGCUGAAUACACGAAACUCGGGUGA